AUGAACAUCUACAAAUUUUCGAAAUUUAACAUUGUCAACAACGCUGAAAGUUCUAACAUCGCUGCUUCAUCCAAAUCUUUCAUCAAAGCAAACUCAAGAAUUGACGUUAGUCGAAAGAAAAGUCAACCAAAAAUUGAUCGUCUAGACUCUUUACGGGGCUCUUGCUCCGAUUCUGUCUUUCAUGAAACUUUUGGUCCAUUAUCGAACGUCAGGUUUGCUGUAUUUGCAUUGGGUUCAUCAGCUUACCCCAACUUCUGUUCAUUUGGAAAAUUUGUUGAUAAUAUUUUGGGUGAGUUGGGAGGCGAGCGACUUAUGAAAAUUGUUUUGGGUGAUGACUUAUGCGGACAAGAACAGGAGUUCCGCAAAUGGGCGUGUGAAGUUUUUAAAACGUCAAGCGACGUUUUCUGCCUCGACGUGAGCGAGAUGUCAGAAGCAUCAAUGUCUUUAAAGAGUGAAACGUUAACAAAAGAAAACACCAGAUUUCAAGUCGUGAAAGAUUUUAACAUUCCAUUGAGCGCUCUACUGAGUAAAUACCACAACAAAAAGGUACAGGCAUGCAAAGUUAAGAAUAAACCGAUUAACCUGCAUGGAGGGGCGACGUCAGAAAGAUCAACGGUGUUGGUGGAAAUUAUCAUAGAUAGUUCUUUGAAUUACGAACCGGGAGAUCAUGUGGGCGUCUGUCCAAUGAAUAGAAAGGAGUUAGUCGAUGGAAUUUUAGAGAAGCUAACAGGAGUUGCUGAUACGGAUGAAGAAUUACAGCUUCAGAUUUUGAACGAGAAACAUACGUCAAAUGGAGUCACUCGUACAUGGGAGAGUCAUGAGAAAAUUCCGACAUGUUCGCUUCGUACGAUGUUAACAAGAUUCAUGGACAUAACGAGUCCACCAUCUCGACAAUUUUUAACAUUUCUCUCAGGAUAUUGUGAAGACAAUGAUGAUAAAGAACGAAUGGAAAUUCUUGCAACUGAGUCAGCAGCUUACGAAGAUUGGCGUCACAACAAACUGCCUCAUUUGUUGGAGGUGUUUGAUGAGUUUCCUUCUUGUAAGCCUCCAGCCGCUCUUUUUGUUGCCCACUUAAUGGCUUUACAACCUCGCUUCUACUCAAUCUCAUCUUCACAAAAGAAAUAUCCGAAUGAGGUUCAUUUAACCGUCGCUAUUGUAAAGUACAAAACGAACGGUAAGCAUAAAAAUAAAAAUAAAAUCUCAACUCAAUCUUCUUUAAAGUGGCUUUGUAUUCUGAAUCGUUUAGAUGGAAAAGGGGAUGAGCGAUAUGGAGUUUGUUCGAAUUAUUUGGAAAGACUUGAUCACGAUGAAGAAAUUCAGAUAUUUCUUAGAAGUGCUCCUGGCUUUCAUCUUCCCAAAGAUACAUCGCAACCAAUCAUUCUUAUUGGACCUGGCACCGGAACAGCCCCAUUUCGAAGUUUUUGGCAAGAACUUGAUGAAAUUAAAUUGCAAAACACUUUGUUCAAUGUACCAAAAGUUUGGCUAUUCUUCGGGUGUCGUGCAAAAUGUUUGGAUUUGUAUAGCAAUGAAAAGAAGGAAAUGUUGGAAAAAGGAAUCCUCGAUAAAGUCUUUUUGGCAUUAUCAAGAGAAGCCAACAUACCGAAAACUUAUGUUCAAGAUCUGAUAAUGAAGGAAUCAGCAGAAGUUUGCGACUUAAUUAAGCACAAAAAAGCUCACAUUUAUGUUUGCGGAGAUGUUCAAAUGGCUGAAAACGUGUAUCAAACUUUAAGAAAAAUCAUCGCAGACUCCGACAAACAAACUGAAUCGGCAGCUGAAAAGUACAUGCUUCAACUAAGGGAUGAGAAUCGUUAUCACGAAGACAUUUUCGGAAUAACUUUAAGAACAGCGGAAAUUCAUAACAAGUCACGUGAAACAGCUAAAAUUAAAAUGGAAUCCCAAUCGAGAUUCAAUUAAAACAUUCAACACUAUUCAGAGAAUUACUUACUUAAUUUCAUAUUCUAUCACAAAGCUUAAUUAAAUGAAUAUUUGCAUUAAUACAUAAUAAAUAUAUCUUGUGAGCAAAAGCUAUGAUUUUAAAUUAAAUUAUCAAUAGAAGACAUAAAACAGAUUUUAUGUACAUUCACUGCUUUCUAAAUACAAAAUACUGAAAUCUUUUUGUAAACUCGCAUUCAUCAGUUCAAAUUUUGCUAAAAUGUCUUUUAAUAUUAAUCAAACAAAAUAUUAAAAAACAAAGAAGCCAACGAAGCUUUCAAAUUUAAAUAUUUUUAAUCAAAUUAUCCACUGACAAAUAAAAUUUGAAGACACAAAUAAACA